GGUUACAGUUGACGCCCCUUUCUCUGCUCUAUUCACACACAGUGAGUGCAACACACACGCACACAAACACACGCACACUCCGGCUUGCUCGGUUUCUAAGCCCGCACAUUCCCUAAAUGAGGAACGUCGUGAACCACGAGGGCAGAUUUUUGUCCUUCCUUGAAAUUUCACACCCUCGAUGACUACUUUGGCUCAAGCGAAGACGUCAUGGCAAAAGUGGAUGGACUCUAUGUCGGAAUAUUAACAGCACUGGCCUUGUGUGGAUUGUCCUUGGCCAACUGGAACGCCACCAGCGAGGCUGUCAAUCAAACGGAAGCCCCUUGCCGUCGCCGUGGCAAUGGAGACAACUGCACAGUGCCCACCACAGACACGGGACAGUGGAAUGGACACUUUAGCAAGUGUCCACCAGAACUCAAGCACUACUGCAUCCACGGGGAGUGUCGCUUUGUUAAAGACCAAAAGGCGCCAUCCUGCAGGUGUCAGCGUGGCUACGUCGGCUCCAGAUGCGAGUAUGUGGACCUGGACUGGCAGAGAGGAGAGAGGAAGCAGAUGAUCAUUGUCUGCGUCAUCGUGGCACUUGUUGUCCUCAUUCUUCUCCUUGUGUUCGUCUUUGUCUGUUCACAUCGCAGGUCAAGAUGUUGCCGGAAAAGGGGGCGGCGGCGGGAGGAACCGAGGAACGGGACUGAGAAACUCAAGAUGAUGGACACCAAUGCGCAUCCCUUAACGCCAGUCUCAGGGCAGCCUCGAACCAACAGUGACGUUUGACGGGAGUGUUUGUGCUUCUCUACCUUUC